GAGCGAUUUUUCUUGAAAAUUUGUAGAACCUCCUCCAGCAAAAACAACGCUAGUUUGAAGUUCCAAUCUAUUUAUUCGCUGAAAAUGACGAGUUUUGUAAAAAUCAGAUGGAUUGCAAGAAGCUUUUCGACAAUCUCUUCGUCCCCUUUGCGCAUAUGUGUAGUAGGUAGUGGGCCUGCGGGGUUUUACACAGCUGAGAAGCUUUUGAAGGCGCAUGAAAGAAUUGAAGUUGAUAUAAUCGAUCGGCUGCCAACUCCCUUCGGAUUGGUUCGGUCCGGCGUCGCGCCGGACCAUCCUGAAACAAAGGUAGUGAUCAAUCAAUUCUCACGUGUUGCACAAAAUGAACGUUGUUCUUUCUUCGGAAAUGUGUCCCUUGGAUCCUCUGUGACAUUGCCGGAGCUGCGUGACUUGUAUAAUGCUGUGGUGCUUGCCUAUGGCGCUGAAAGUGACAGAUCUCUUGGCAUUCCAAAGGAGGAGUUGGCUGGUAUAUAUGCUGCGAGAGAAUUUGUUUGGUGGUAUAACGGGCAUCCAGACUGCAGGAGUCUUUCUCCAGAUUUGAAAAGCAGUGAUACUGCUGUUAUUCUUGGUCAGGGAAAUGUGGCUCUUGAUGUUGCUCGAAUUCUUUUACGGCCAACCGAGGAAUUGGCAAGAACAGAUAUUGCCUCCCAUGCAUUGGCUGCUCUAGAAGAGAGCUCUAUCAGGAAAGUUUUCUUAGUUGGAAGACGUGGACCAGUACAAGCAGCCUGUACUGCAAAAGAACUACGAGAAAUUUUGGGAAUCAAGGAUUUGGGUGUCUAUAUCAAAGAAGCUGAUCUAGUUACAACACCAACCGAUGAGAUAGAAAUGAAGAAUAGCAGGAUCAGGAGGCGGGUACAUGAAUUGCUCUCAAAGGCAGUCACGCGAGGGUCUGCUCCUGUUGCCAGUCAGCGCGAACUGCACUUUCUCUUCUUCCGCAAACCUGACAGGUUUCUCGAGUCAGAUGACAGAAGUGGUCAUGUUGGUGGCAUUCGGCUUGAGAAGACUGCACUUAGUGCUUUUAAAGAUGUUGGAGACAAUGACAUAGUGAAGCAGGUUGCAGUGGGCACAGGAGUGUACGAGGACAUAUCAUGCGGGUUAGCUUUGAAGAGCAUUGGUUACAAAUCUGUCGCUGUGGAUGGGUUGCCCUUCAAUAACUACAAAGGUAUUGUUCCAAAUGCUGGAGGGCGUGUACUAGCUGAUGCUUCACAUGAUCAUUUGAAAUACGAGACAGGCUUAUACGUGUGUGGGUGGUUGAAGAGAGGACCAACCGGGAUCAUUGGUACAAACCUUCACUGUGCUGAAGAAACUCUCUCGUGCAUCUCAGACGACAUAAAUAGAGGAGUUUUAGCGUCUGCCUCGACAAAGCCAGGAAGAGAAGGUCUCAGGCAAGUGUUAAACAGUAGGAACACCAGAGUAGUCCCAUUUGAUGGCUGGGGAAAAAUCGACUGCGAAGAGAGGAGGCGUGGAGGUUUGAAGAACAAACCUAGAGAAAAACUUACAACAUGGGAGGAGCUACUGGAAGUUGCCUGCGGUUGAGGUAGUUUCUAAUGCAGAAUACAUGCCAAAUUUGAAAAUAAAGAUAAAACUUAGUUUAUGAUGAAAGACUUUGACUUGAACGAAGAUUUUUGGAAUUUAUAAAAUAAAAAACAAGUGGGAAAAAAUCAUCUUAAUUUUCAAUGAGGAAGUCUUAGCUUAGCUGCCUUUGGUGACUUGAUGCCUUGGGUUAUUUAGGUACCGCCCACCUUUUAAAUAUGUACUAGGUUGAUUGCAAAUUGGACCUUUUGCUGUAUGUUAUUGCCUUCGAUUAUUGAAUUAUUCUUUUCAAACAA